AUUAUAACUAGCGUAAGUCCUUUCGCAAUUUUAAUUAAAUAAUUAUACCAAUCACUAUCACAAUACGGGGUGUUUGUGUUAAAUUAUGUUCAAACCCUUCUAUCCAUUUUUACUCAUUAACUUAGGUUUAAGGUUAAGUAGAACCAUGGAGGUCAAUUACACCACCCUAUCCAUCGAAAAGAAGUCUCUAGAUAGGCCCCCCUUGGAGGAACUGGCCAAAGUUUUAAACAAAGGACUGCAAAGCAAUUUUGAACACGUCACUGUCGAAGUCGUGGAUUGUCCCGACCUGACACAACAACCUUUUACUUUGGCCAAAAAAGGACUUGGUGGAAGUCCAAAACUGGUCGAAGUCGGGGGAGUCCCCUACUUGCUCCCUCUGGUGAAGCGGGAAAAAGUAUACGAUUUGAAAAAAAUAGCCACAAUGAUUGGUUCAGAUCCGGCGUUUAUAAUCGGGGCUGGAGCCGGUCCUCACCCCUACGCAGGGGUCAAUUGCGAAGGUAUUUUAAACAUGAAUAUAGCCAAAGGGGUGGUGGAUCAACAAACGCGCAUUUCUAAAGUUAAUCCCUCGAAUGAGGAAGUGCCUAUACAGGAGAUUCUCCCUAAUAACGAAACCAGAGUUGCCCUCUUGGCUAAUCUUUUUUUCAGCAGCGGCGAGCCGGGAAAGGUGCUCAAAAUUCACGCCAAAAAACGGACGGGUCCGCUCGAUUUUAUCGCGAGUAUUCGGCAAACACUGGUCAAUGAAUACAAGAAUAAAGUCGUCGGCUUAGGUGGCGCGUUUUUACUAAAAGAAGGGAAGGCCAAACAGCACGUAAUGCGCGACUUUUCGAAAACUCCAAUCAACACCGACGAGGAGCUCAACAACUGGCUCAAAUUCUACAACAUGAGGGCCCCCCUAGUCGCCGUGGGGACCCUCAUAAAUAACGACCACGGCCUCGACUUGAGGGUUCAACACUUUCACAGUUUCAGCCACCAUGGGGAAGCCGGCCACUACCAUAUUGAUGUGACCCCUGAAACGGCCGAAUAUUUGGGGUAUUUCAACACCGGGGAAGAGAUCUAUCGUGUCGACAGGCCCGUGGAGACCCACCAGUUUGGUCGAGAUUAAUUUAUCUAUAUAGACACACUUUUGAAUAAAAAAUUAAAAGUU